GACGCAAUGCUCAUGGAAUGAUGAAACAGGAAGUAGCGAAUACCUAACUAAAGUUCCAAUCGUUUUCAUCAGAGAAGUGAAGUCACACCUUUAUCUAGCCACUGUUAGCUACUUUGACCAACAAAUGACUCUGCAGUGGACUGCAGUUGCCACCUUCCUGUAUGUGGAGAUUGGGAUCCUCCUUCUCCUCUGCAUACCUUUUAUUUCUGCUAAAAGAUGGCAAAGCAUUUUCAAACUGAACAUAUGGAACAAAUUGUCGCCUUUCUGGAACAAAGGCUUCCUCACCAUGAUAAUUGUCCUCAUCGUACUCUUUCUAGAUGCUGUGCGAGAGGUGAAGAAGUACUCUGCCUCAGAGCCCGGUAAAGAUGCCAAGCUGCACCCCAACAUGUAUGACCACCUGCACAUGAAGCUGUUCAGAGCCCAGAGGAACCUCUACAUCUCAGGCUUCUCCCUCUUCCUCUGGCUCGUCAUGAGGCGCGUCAUCACCUUAAUCAACCAGCUGGCCACAGCCACAGGCACCACCGCAGCAGUGCAGUCCCAGGCCGAGAGUGCCAACCAGGCCGCUAAGAAAUACAUGGAGGAUAAUGAGCUCCUGAAGCAGGCUCUGACGAAUGGAAAGGACGAAAAGGCAACAGCUGAAGGAAGUGAACUUUUAAGGAAAGAGCUGACGGACCUGACAGACGAACUGAAGACCUCUGAGGAUGCUUUGAAGAAGUCCCAGUUUGAGUCGGAGGCCAUGAAGAAGCAAAGUGAAGGCCUGACCAAAGAGUACGACCGCCUGCUCAUGGAGCACCAGGAGCUGCAGAAUCAGUUGGCAAGUGGAGAUAAGAAGGACGACUAGGAAUUUUUGUGCAGUAUUUUUCCCAAGACACCAGACAACUGCUGCUGUGCAGAAGCACCUCUCUCAGUCCAUUUCAGAGCACCGCAUGCAACCAAAAAUGUGUCAUCACCCUCACCAUGCAGGCAGUAGUGUGGACCACGCAUGCUUUUUUUUUUCAGGUUUGCUUAAAUAUCCGUCUACAAAUUUAGACUGUUUUGCUACAGGCCUUGUGUGAGCCAGAGGAGCUAGCACGUUUCGACAACCGAGAUCGUUUUCAGUUUUAACUUGGGCUAUUGAUUAUGACCAGGCUGUGAGGCAAUUUACGACACAUAUAAGAUACGCCAAAUUGACGAGACCGUCUCUUGUGUUUUGAAGUGAUGACUUCCUCUACACCUGGUCACAGAACCAAAAUCACUCGAAGCCACAUAAUGGGUCAGCUUAAGACUAACGUUAGUGGUUUUGCUAUAUGGGAGACACGCCAGUAAGAAUGGCUGUGUCAUUGUCCGGUGGGGGAUGGGGAUGUUUUUGGGGGGGUGAAAAGCCAUGCUGUCUUAACGGUAUUCUCUGUUCUCAUUCAGGGAUUCCCUUCCUCUUACGGAGAUGCUGUAGAUUGUUCAAUAUUGUACUGAUGGAUUUAUUUUUCCACAUAUGAAUUGGUAGUGUUUGUCAGAUUUCUUAAGUGAUUCAUUCAAUGAUUGUUUGUGGUGCGUUAUGUCCCUGUUUUGCAGGCAUUCUUUUAAUGUUAAGUUAAACUAUUCUUGUGAUUUCUUUUUUUUGUUUAAAGCCACUGUGUUUGUGUUUUGAGUGUAAGUAAGAGCAGGCACAUUGCAGAUUUGCCACAGUCGGGACAUUAGAGCAGCUCAGAGUUGAAGCUAUUCAUCAGACUCUUGAGAGCACAUACUAAAGAGGUUUGUCCCGAGUUGUCAUGAAUGUCCACAGAUUCUGACUUUAAAUAGUUUGCGGACUUUGGUCACGAAUGUAGAUGCCAUGUGGGUGUCAUAGUAGAAUACAGUUUCCCAGUUCCAUUUUGUUGCUCAUUGUCCAGCUCCGUAGAUUGUGCAGUGUAGUUGUUUUUUGUGCCAGUGGCAUGCCUAGAGGCCCUUCUUACCUGUAGACAUUAAAGAUUUGAUGACAACUGUGAUUGACGUUUGCCCUGUAGAGGAAUGUGAAAAUGGCGACCGAAAACAUGUUUGGGCUGAGAUACAGAUACGGGUCCUAGUUGUUGACCGCAGAGAGUGUGCAAACAGGAAACUAGCCUCCUAAGAUGAAGUGCCUUUUGGACAACUGUAAAUGGUUUACAUUGUGCUCUGAUAUUUGUUCUUUUAUUAACUUCACUGUUAUUAAAAGCAUUUCACUGCGUAAAUAAAGUACUUUGUUUUAGUUUGUUA